AGUUAUCUUGACAGGGAUAAUCAGCCCUCUCUCACUUUUCGAAGCGGCCACCAUUUUCGCAAAAUAUGGAGCACGGCAGGAAUAGCAAACUAUGAAAUACAUUCCAGCACUGAUAAACGAAACCGAGAACUUUACAACAUGCGAAGGCGAGACGCAGGUCUUAGGGAGCGCGAGUACGCGAUCCCUCAGAAUCCUAGAUAUUUGAACAUUACCCAAAAUAAUCCUCAGGAUCCCACGCUCAGUACAGAGGGAAUGCAUCAAGACGAGUUGAAAAAAUCUUCUGGGACUGAGACUGACGCUGCUCCUGAACAAUUUAGUACGAAGGAUGUAAGUCGCAUUUUGAUGGAAUUCCUGAUGUAUCUGGGGAGAGUACUCAUUGUAUGUUACCCUGUUUAUUUGACGGGCUCCUUUGGACUAAGCAUCAGCUGGAUUCUACUCAGCCUAUUACUAUGGACAAAGUGGAAGAACAACCGAAAAUGGAAGGAGAUGCGCUUAGACACUGCCGUGGGCUUUUUGGACAACGAAGAACAAGUUAUCGACGAAGAAGUGAAGGCCCUCAACCAUCCUGCAUGGAUUCAUUUCACAGAUAUUGAGAAGGCUCACUGGAUUAAUAAGGUUCUUCAGCAAGCCUGGCCAUUUUUUGGCAUGUUUAUGGAGAAACUCCUCAAAGAGAGUAUUCAGACAACCGUCCGAACAUCAAGUCCACAUCUGAAAACCUUCACCUUCACUAAGGUCCAUUUUGGGCAAAGGCCUCCUCGGAUCACUGGUGUGAGGGUUUACACACAUGAAGUGGACAAGAGAGAAGUCGUUCUGGACCUCAACAUUGUGUAUGAUGGGGAUGUGGACAUCGACGCCGAGGUGAAUCCUGCAAUCGUUGCUGGAGUUAAAGGGCUUCAGAUAGAAGGAAUGCUUCGGGUGAUUCUGGAGCCCCUUAUUGGCCAGGCUCCAUUAGUGGGUGGAGUUACUAUGUUUUUCAUUCGUCGACCAACAUUGCAGAUAAACUGGACUGGAAUUACCAAUCUUCUGGACAGUUCUGCUUUUAGCUCUCUUUCUGAGCCGACCAUCUUGAACAUCAUCGCUUCUCUCAUGGUGCUGCCCAAUCGCAUGUGCAUUCCCCUCAUAGAUCAGGUCAAAAUGGACCAGAUGCGCUUCCCUCUGCCUCGAGGUGUGGUGCGGGUGAGGUUGCUGGAGGCCAGAGAUCUGAUGGCCAAGGACACCUUUAUGAUGGGUCUAGUGAAGGGCAAAUCAGAUCCCUAUGCCAUACUACAAGUCGGCAAUACCCAACACAAAAGCAAGACCAUAAAGGAAAAUCUUAAUCCACGUUGGGAUGAAACAUAUGAGUUUGUGGUCCAUGAAGCUCCUGGACAAGAGCUGGAGAUAGAGCUUUUUGAUGAGGACACAGACAAAGAUGACAAAUUGGGAAGCUUUCGUUUGGAUUGUGGGGAAGUGAAGAGAGAGAAACAAAUGGAUGAGUGGUUUGAACUGCAAAAUGCAAAGACUGGACAGGUCCGUUUGCAGCUACAGUGGCUCUCUCUACAGACAGACUCAGGCCUUGUAAUGCAGACCCCUCCAGGUUGUGCUUGUGCUAUGCUGGCAGUUUACCUGGACAGCGCAUCUAAUCUGCCUAAAGACCACAGCGAGUUCAGCCACUCUGACAAACACUCAAAAGAGCACAAGCUAACAAAAAGGAAGAAGCAUCCAAACUCCUAUGUGGAAUUAUCAAUUGACGAGCAGACCCAGAAAAGCAAGGUGGUGUAUUCAUCCAAAGACCCAGCAUGGGAGGAAGGUUUCACAUUCUUUGUGCACAAUGUGGACAACCAAGUGCUCAACGUCCAGGUGAAGGAGCCUGAGAGCAAGUCCCUACUGGGCACGCUCUCGCUGCCUCUGACGCGUCUGAUGAACACGUCAGACCUGUUCCUGGACCAGCGCUUUCAGCUGGAGCGCUCGGGAACCAACAGCAUCCUCAAGAUGAAGGCCACACUCAGGAUCCUAAAGUUAGAGAAAGCAGACCCGAAGCCUGAGGAGGAAGCCCCGCAGCCCGAGGCCCCACCCCUGCAACCGGUACCCCAGGAUCGGCAACGCCAGCCGCAGGCUGCCCAGUCAGGACCCGUGCCCCCGUCACCGGCCCCAGCGGCCGGCGGCUCCAACGGCCUCCACCCCGACUACAACUCCCCCCGACGGGGCUCGGCCUGGCCCUACGAGGGGUCUCAGACGGCCCCGUCCACUCCGUCCAUGCGUCGCUUCGACUCGCACAGCCUGCUGUCGGACAACUCCAUCGCCUCCUCCCGCAUGGACCUUGUGGAGGGACUCCCCUAUCCAGAGGCCAUACUGAAUCACACUGGAAGCUUUGGGGAGAUCAAGCUGACAAUAAAAUAUGCUAAACUGAGGCAGAGGCUAAUUGUCCUAGUGAACUCCUGCAGGAAUCUGGUCCCCUGCUCGGAGAACGGCUCUGACUGUUACGUGCGGAUCUAUCUGCUGCCAGACCAGACGUGGAGGCACCGCAUGAGAACUCCGGUCAAGAAGAGGACCGUGAACCCAGUCUACGAGGAGAAGUUUGAGUUCUCUGUAUCGCUGGAGGAGGCCAAGACCAGGAAGCUGGACGUGUCUGUGAAAAACAACAGAAUGUUCCACGUUCGAGAGCGGAAGGAAAUUGGAAUGGUGCUCAUUGAUUUAUCUGGACUUGACCUGCUCAUGGGCUUCUCAGACUGGUGUGAGCUUACUCUGCCUGGGCUGAAGAAAAACAGUUAGAUGGAGGAACCAUUUCUCCACACGGUGGUCCUCAAAACGGAGGAGCUGCCUUGUGGUCAAAUAGAGUAUAAGUAUGGAGAAAUGAUAUAGAGACACUCACAACACUGGUUGUUUUAUAGACGAGGAUGAGGUUUGUGGGAGUAUGUAAUGUGUUGCCACUUUAAUAAUGAGAGUUAUAGUGUCUCUGAGCACUCUUUUGUAUUGAUGGUGCAAGAGUUGCUCUCUGUAAAGGUCAAACGGUGGUUCUUGUGCACAGUAGAUGAGGUCAUUGCUAUCUUACAUGACCUGUACCAUACAGUAUGUGUGCACUGGACUGUGAGCCAAAGUGAAUGCAAAGGUCAAAUUGUUUUAUAUCUUAAAAUGAUAAAUUCUAGUCCAUCCAAGGGACAAAUCAGUCCACUACUUAGUGGGAAAGCUUCGAUCUUAUGCUAAAGAUCAUUGCACUAAACUUCUUUAAGCCAUAGCAGACGGGUAUUUUGUUAUUUGUCUGAUAUUUUGUAUGUCACUGUAUUUUCAAAAUUCUGUAGGUUAUUUCUCAGCAGGUGGUUGAGGAAUUUCCAAACUCUGUUGUUAUGUAGGUUUGGCAUCACAUAUUUAACAACACUAGAUAUAUCUUCUGUAAAAUGAGGGUAAAACAUCUUUGAAUAAAAACAUCUAUAUUGUU